AACAGCACAGAGUGACCGACUCCGCCGUGCACAAAAUGGCAGCGACUCUUCCCCCCCCCCGAGCUGCGCGCGCAGCACGGUCGGGGUCGCCUACGUCAAAAACACAGGCCAGGCGAGGAAGCGGGUUGUGGCGGCUGCGCGCGCAGCCCAGUUGGAAUGUUCUACUCUGGGGACGGAGAGAGGUGUCCGCAGUCCAGGGAUACCAGCCGCGAUCUAUCCAUCCUGCCAAUGAGGGGUCUUUUCCUAUUUGUGGCCUAAAGUCAGCUGACAGAAUGGCAUACCUGCUGGGCAAUCCAAACUGUAUGGAGAGCUUGAGGAAGGACAUCACCGAUCUACAAGGAGCCAUCAUUGAUGUCUUUUCCCGGGCUGGGGCAGUGCGUUAUCCCUCCUGGAAGUUUCCCAAUAAAGUGUCCUGUGAUCUGGAUCUGGUGGCUUUGCUGGAGCAUUAUGACUAUGUGGAGAAUGACCCUGAAUUUACCCAGCAUUCCCAUGUAAUGCUCCUCGAACUGGUGAUUGACAGGCUGCUUUUGCUGCUUCAGAGCUUCACAGGCUACAUGGAGAAUCUCAUCAGCAAACAAGCUGUGCCCCCGUCCCAGGCAGUGGGACCCUGCAUGUCCAUUGGGCUGGCUGUGAGGAAGUACUGGAACAGCACACUGAAACUGGGAGCGCUCCAUCAGCAGCUAGUGACUGAGAAGAAAUCUAACAGGAGGGACAUCUCUGCACUGAAAUCUACCCUGCAAGACGUGAAAGCUGAGAAUGAGCAUUUGAAAAGCUGCUCACCCAUGAUUUCAGAAUCAGGUGCAUCAUUAGCCAGUGCCCAGUCAACCCUCUCAUGUCUACCACAAACCAUCCAUGGGCCAGACUGUGAUUUCUCAGACACCUCGCAGCCACGGUCUGCAUAUGGUGUCACCAAGAAUGUCUGUAGUGUCCAUUCUCAGACAAUUGAAUCAUCUCUGGUGCCCUGCGAUGCAUGUGCAAGUGGCCAGGCCAGCCUCCGGGAGGUCGGUAAAGCCAUCAUCAGCAUCUGCCACAGCCAGAACAUCCCCUCAUCCCUGGGCAAAUUCCAAGAGAUGGUUGAGGAGACCCUAGGCAACAAGCCACUCACCGCUAUGGACAUGAGUUUCUGGGCAUCAGAACAGAGCAAAGACCUCUCCCGUAUCAACAAACAUCUUGGGGGGCUGAUGCAGCUGAUAAACCCUUUGAAGGCAGAGCUGGAAGAAUCUGAGAAACAGAAGGAUGAACUGAGGAAGCAGGUUGAGGACUUUGACAAGCUUCUUCAGAAGGAGAAUGAGACCCAGGAACGGCAGAGGAAGGCGGCUGAGCAGUACUUGGAGGAAAAGAUCAAAGAGAAUUUGCAGAUCACAGCCAAACUGGAGAAGGACAAGGAAGAUCUACGGACAGGAGCUGUUGUGCUGGAGGAGAGAAUUUCCACCUUGAAAGAAGAGCUGCUGUCACAGCAAGCUACCAUGCGAGAGCUGGAGCUGACCAAAAGCACCCUGCUGGAGGAGAUGAGGACUAAGAUGGCCCACAAGAGCCAGAUGACGAAGCUGGAAGACCAAGUGCAGCUGCUAACCAGCCAGUUGGAGAACGCAAGCCACACGCUCAGUGGGGCCACCACCCAGCUGGACAAGGAGAAGGCCAAAGUGGAAAGCAUGCUCAGGCAUGAGGAGUCGCUCCAGGCCAAGCAGAGGGCCCUGUUGCAACAGCUGGACUGCCUGGAUCAGGAGUGUGAGGAGCUGAGGGCCAGCCUAGGCGAAGCGGAGGACGACAAGGCUAAGCUGGAGCAACAGCUGAAGGAGACACAGGCUGAGAAGCGGCAGGUUCAGGGCCAGCUCGAAGCCCAGCAGCAGCUAAUGGAGAACCUGCAGCAGGAGAAGCUGAGCUUCGAGCAGUCUACAUCUGAACUACUCAGGAACAUCUCUGAGCUGGAUGAGCUGCUCCAGGAGCUGAAGGAGAGGGAGAGGCUGCUGGUGUCCUUUCCAGACCUCCACAUCCCUGCUGAGGCGCAGUUUGAGAGCACUGGGGACAUCGCUGAUGACAUGGAAAAGCAGCUGCAGGCGAACAACAUCCGCAUCAGCGUCCUGGAGGAAGAGAACUCGCGGCUCAGGACCGCACUAGCCAAAAUGAAAGAAACAGCCCAGGAAGGAGUGUUAAGGCAACCCUUCCCUCGCACACAGACCUCCAAGCAGCACAGUGCCCCAUCGGCUUGCGAGUGGCCAAGCCAGCAGCCAGAGCACAGCACUCCAGAGACCGCCAAGCAGCCAUCUAAAGCCAUCGUCCGCAGAGGCCACGUGGAAGGCAAUGUCCUGCGUCUCCCUUCCAGUCGAGAACUCGGCCAUCAACACUUACGCCAGACUGAAAGGGAAAGGCAGCGCAGCCAGAGUCCAGGCCCGCUCAGCUCACAGCCCCAGGAACCACCAGAAAUAGAACCCCAGGAGAGCAACCCCUGCUGGAGGUGUUCAGCUAGGGACACAAAUAAAGCUGUUUACUGUUCAUCCCCAAGGCUCCCUCCGAGUGCAGGGCUGCUGUCUGUGACAGUGAAAGAGACUCAAAAGGGCUGUGCCACGUGGGAGCCCAGGGCUUCUCUGCCACUCACUGCUUCCUAACUGAGAUGGGCCACUUGCUGGAGUCAGGUAGGUCAGCUUAUGGGGGACGCAAGUUUGCAGAUGACACUAAACUGGGAGGAGUUGUAGAUACACUGGAGGGUAGGGAUAGGAUACAGA